AUGUUUCGGUUCUUGAAUGACGUUGAUGACGACCCCUACAUGAUGGAUCCAUUUGCUGCUCACAGGCAGCAGAUGAGGGUUCUGUUUGGACCAUUUGGCAUGGACCCGUUUGCCCUUGCACCCCAGAUACAGGCACCUCGUGCACCACGUAGACAGGCUGGUCCGCUGGCCCCCUUUGGCAUGAUGGGAAUGGGUGGAGGGUUCAUGGAUAUGUUUGGCAUGAUGGGAGAAAUGAUGGGAGGCAUGGAAAGAAUUUCCGGUUCACCAAACUGUCAGACGUUCUCCUCGUCAACAGUGAUCUCCUACUCCUCUACAGACUCAGGGCCUCCUGAAGUUUAUCAGCAGACCAGUCAAACAAGAACAGGCCCUGGAGGGAUCCGUGAGACGCGGCAGUCCAUGAGGGACAGCGAGAGCGGCCUCGAGCGUCUGGCUAUCGGCCACCACAUCGGGGAUCGUGCACACAUAAUGGAGCGUUCACGAAAUCGCCGCACUGGAGACCGCGAGGAUCGGCAAGACUUCAUUAACCUUGAUGAGAGUGAUGCUGCAGCGUUUGAUGAGGAGUGGAGGAGGGAGGCCGUAAGAUAUGUUCCCCCGAAUGCCCGGGCGCUGGAGUACGGCCGAGAUCGACGGGCAGGAGGUCAGCAGCUGGCCCUUACUGCCCCUCCCAGCUCAACGUCCCCACCAGGCCAUCGGCACGAGUCCCCCAGACACCGUCAGCCCCAAACCCGUCCACGUUACGACUGGUGAGAGGUGUGACACUUGGCCGACCAGAUGAAAGGAGUUGAGGGAAGAUUUCCCCGAUGCUGUGAACCACGCUGAAGAUGGAAGUUGAUGAUCGUCACAACUGCCCGUCGUAAAUGUUUGAUAUGACUGGACUGUCUUUACAUAAACAACAAACACACACUCAACAAACCCCCCCCACACACUUGAUAGUUACAUUUACAGUUCUCCUUCUCCACUGUUACGCUCCACACACACACACACACACACAGACACAAUGGCACCCUUGUGCAAACAUGGGUAUAACUACGCUCACUUUAUAUAUACUCAUUCUCAAAACUUGACGUGUUUUUGCCCACUGCACUAAAGUGCUACAGUAUACAGUACAUCUGCUGUACAGUCCAUUUUAUGUUUGUGAAGACACUAGUGUGUCAGUGAAUUGAAUUGUAUACUGUUAACUAAUUAAUCUAACUAAAUAAAAGUUCAUUAAACAUUGUUAGAUAAUUA